UCUGGCAGCAGUGAUGUCCACUCAAACUGCUUGCCCUCAGGAACAGAGCGUGCUGAGGGCGCCACGGCGGUGUCACAGCUAUCUCUCUGAUCUCUACCAGAACAUGCUACGGGGCGAAGAAUCCCAGCCUGUGGAAAGGAAGAGGUGCCAGCCACUGUAUAGCAGCAGCAGUGCCAGCCAUCUGAACUCCCCCCUUCGCAAGGAAGCUGAACGCAGAGUUCCUCAGAGCGCCACUGUUACGAGCUGUGACCCACACCUCCGACCCAUCAUGCGCCGUCGGGCCAGGUCCUUGCCCAGCUCUCCAGAGAGAAGGUGGAGCGGGGUGGCUCCCUGCCGUGUUCCAGGUUGCAACACCCGCAAGAACCGGGUCAGGUUUGCAGAUGCCUUGGGCCUGGAGCUGGCAGAAGUGAAAGUUUUCCAAGCUGGGGAAGACCCAUCCAUCCCGCUGCAUGUUCUUUCCCGGCUGUCCAUUAACUCAGAUCUCUGUUGCAGCAGGGUGGACCUGGAAUUCACCAUGCAUUGCCUGGUGCCUGACUUCCAGCAGCCGGUGGAUUGUGACAACUUCCUCGGCCGCCUGCAGCAGCAGCGGGUGUGUUUGGAACGAGUGACAAGCUCAGAUCUGGGCCUGAAUGGCAUGAUCAGAGUGAUCAACGUUGCCUUUGAGAAGCAGGUGGUUGUGCGCUACACUUUUAAUCACUGGAAGGGCCAGCAUGAAAUAAAUGCUCAGUGGCAUAGCAGUGUUGCUGGCCAGGAUGGGGAGACCCAAGUGGACAUCUUUACCUUCUUCCUCCCUCUCCCCCCCUUCCUCCUCCAGCUUAGCUCAGUAAUUGAGUUUGCCAUAUUAUACCAAGUCAGCGGGCAGGAACACUGGGAUAACAAUCAAGACAAGAACUACACCCUCACUUGUAGGAGUCAUCCACUUAAGAUGCCCAGAGAAUGUGAAGAGAGCUGGAUUCAUUUCAUCUAAAAGCAAAGCCUUCAUUUGACCGCUUUCUUCCUGAGGCACCAAAGAAACUCUUCAACAUGGCAAAGAUCCUUCAGAACAAAAGAAGAACAAGUGAUCUGUUCAAAAGUUGUUCAGAGAAGCAGGUUUUUUUUAAAAAAAGAAAAGGAUAAAGGGCCUUAAUUUGCAGUGAUUUGCACUAAAUUCACUUUAAAUGUGUAGGAAUCAUAGCCAAGAGGUGUGAUCAGUAGAAGCAAGCCAAUUUCUUUUAUUGUUUUGAUUAAUUCUCAGAAUGUGCUCAUUAUGCAGUAUUUUAAGACAUACUGUUUAUUUUUUCACUUGUUGAUGCUCUGUAGUUUUGCACUUCACUUUUUGCACUUUUUUUUAAGGAAAUGUCUUUGACAGAUGGAACACAAGCGUAUUUCUGUUAAUUUCUAGUAGAAAAAAAAGAUGUUGCACUUUUUUAAUGCACUGGUCAAAUGCUGCAGGGUGGGGGCAGGCAAAAAAUAACCAUUUAAAUAGAAAUGAAAAUUUAUGGUGCAGUUAAUAAUGCCUAUCUGACAGUUUUCUUACACAUCUGGCAUUCAAGUCCAUGAAUACUAAUGUGUUUUAUAGGACUUCCUGUUAUUAAAAGAAGAGAAAAUGCAGUUUACUUUGUGGAGAAUUUUUUUUUUUUUUUUUGCCUUCCAGGUCAGAGUCAAAGUAGCUCUGGAAAAAGCAGUAGUUAAAUGCAGACUUGUUUCUUUUUAAGCUAUUUCUGUUCUGCAAAAUAAUUUCAAUGUUGAAUCCCAUUCAACACAAUACUAUACAAAUUAUAAGUUCCAGCAAAUUUAUCUGCUAAGAAAGAUUUUAAAAAUGAAGUUAUUCUGUAGAAGUAUGACCGUGAACACUUUUAAAGGCAAAUAAUGGCAAACUUCAACAAAAGGUGGAAGCUGAUGUCACCAUAUUUUAAUGAACUACAGCCACAUUGUACCAAUGUUUGAUUUUGACUGUGUAGGCUGCAGCCAGUCUUAAACUGGUUUCCAAACAAGCCAUGGCUAGAGUGAGAAAGUGAAAAAAAUCUUAGACACAGGGAUUGGCAAACCACUUCUUUUUUGUUGCCAAGAAAACUUCAUGGAUGUAUUUAUGUACUUACUAAGAGUCAGAUUUGACUCACAGGCAUUUUUACUUUUUUUAUAGUUAACACAGAGGUCAUCCUGAAUCACAUUUUUUAGAAUGUGAAACUGCCUGCUUGGUUGGAAACUGAGUCCCAGGACUUUUCUCUGAGAAGAAAUGAGAAUGCUUCUUUGCCUAUAUAAUUAAUAUGGGUUAUACUUUACCAGCCUUGGGCAUUACUAGGUAACGGCCUAGAUUCCAAAACAAAACAACACUGAAAUGUGUUAGAUUUCUAGGAGAUCUUAUGAGAUUUUGGCUUUUUUAAAAAUAAUUUAGAAGAAGUAAAUGAUGCCCUGCGUCACCAACUCCUGGGUGAUACAGCUACCGGUGCAGUUAAGGAUUGAGUUGCAUGUUGUACUGUUUCUGUCACCAUUUGUAUGCAUACGUGUUUGGGAGGUUGCUGUUGUUGACAUCGACUGAGACGUUUGCAUAUGCCAUUAAGACUGUAAGGCAACUUCUGUGGCUCACUUCAUAGAGAGCGGCUCCUUCUUGGGGAAGAACUACUGGUGAUAUGGUGAAGAUAGCAAUGAGUGUGGAAGGGUUUUUUUGUGCGUAUAUACUAAGCUAAGGAUCAUUCUGAUGUAUGUAAACAACUGAUGAGAGAUGAAUUUGUGAUUGCCAGCGGACCUGAAAAGUAUUCUAAAAUCAGAGAUCUAGCAUACAUUCAGUACUUCAGGAGGAAUCACCUUGUGCAAUGUAGUAUGAUGAAAUACAGUACAAGUCUUUAUUUUCUCCCUGCCCAUUUUGUGACAUGAUUUUGGAAUGCUGUAGCAAGCAGCCUUAGAUUGAGUUCACCUAGCUUGGACUAGUCUCUAAGAUGGGGUGGAUAAUUUGCAGCUGUACAUCAUGUAUGGCCUUCAGACUAAUUUUAUGCAGCCCCCAGACUAAUUUCAUAAGCUGCUGCAAGAGAAAAGUACAAAUAAGAACCACCUCUCCUUUCCUUGUGGACUACUUCUUGAGAAAGAGGAACAAAUAUUUUCAGAAGGAAAAAUAUUUGAGAUGUCAGGAAACAGAUAAUCCCAUCCAUUUUGGGUUCUGACCACAUCUGCUUUUAGCUCUGGCUUCAUCCACUCAAUGGCUCCCAAAAGAUUGUCCAUGAUAUAAAUCUGGUUGUUUAUACAAGGUUUCCUGACAGAGCUUCCCCCCCCUCCCGUUCUAUAUGCAAAUUAUUCUCCCAUCUUCACCCCCACAAUCCACCCCCAGCAUAGGGUUUGGGUUUUUUGCUUUGUUUGCACAUGAUGCAGAGAAGAUUAAUGUACUUGGUUUCUGAUUUCUUGUAUUUUGGACUGAUAACUGUGCCUUGAAUAACCUUCGGGCUGCUAUACUGCAGUGCAUUCCAGCUAUGCAUGCUCUGUAUCUCAUGGGAGCUGGAAGGGAUCCCAGUUCCAGAGUAGAAACUCAUGUCAGCCCUAUAUUUGCUAAUGAGGACUUCUAUACAAGAUGUUUUCUCAAGGGGCCAUUCUUUGGAAUUUGAACUUCCUUUGAUAUGCCUGGCCAACGUAAGAGGAACAUUGGGUAAUGGAAAAUCUAUUUUCCUUAUUGGUGACCAAGCCAAGAAGUGUAUUUAGAUCUCUUGUUUUCAAACAAAUAGAAAGUAGGAUGGACACUUCAAACAAAUCUCUUGGAUUUUCUCUAUUGAUUUCAGUAGAAAUAUUGUCCCUCAGUAGCAAAUUCGUUUUCUGAACUUGGAUCCUUAUGUAGAUAGAAUGGCAUGUUUCAUGAAAUCGUAAAGAACACACAAAUCUUUGAGGUGGAGCCAAAGGGAACCCCCUGAAUAGCUCAAGGAAAAGUCAGUAGCCAUAGAAAGUUAACUGAUUGCUUUGGGGAGGGGUGAAAAAGUGGAGAAGGUGGAAUGAAAUGGAGUAUCUAUGUAAGUAUCUAGAAGAGGGCAUGGAAAAAUUGGCUAGGUAGAAUGCUAACCGGCAAUGCUUACAACCUAAUUUUUCAUAUUUCUGAGUCUACAUGUGGCCAUUAUAGCUCUGAGAGAUUUUGUUGGUUGCAGUUGAACUGAGUUUUCUGUCUUCAGACUAGGUGUAUGUUUGUCACUGUGGAAGGUUGGUUAGGCAACCUCUGAAAAUGUGUUAUGGUAGCAGAAAAGCUGGAUUCUUACCAGAGCGAAGUAGCAGAUUUCUCCAAUAGGGCACUCUCUAAAUAUGUUAGGAUUACAGGCAGCAUUUUCAGCAAGGAUGGCCAUUGACCCUUGCAGAGGUGAUUUCAUUUCUUUGACAUUCUUUUGUUUGUUCCUCCAUCAUCAUGUCCUUACCAUCACCUUUCCUGACUGAGAAAUCUGGGAGUUUUAGCCAUAAAGUAUUUGAAAGAUAUCAGGGACAGGCCAAUGCGUAGUACCAUUCAGUGAUCUGUGACUGCUGGGACGGGUCAUUGCAGAUCCUAUACUCAUGAUUGCAAGUGGAUAAUUUUGCACACUCAACUUUUUGCAUGUGAUGAAAUGACUGAAGAAAGGUGGUUUGACAUCUCCACAAUUCUGAAUCAAGCUGGGUAGUAUCCUAAGUGACCAAUGUCCCUACUGAAAGGACGUUGCAUAGAAUUCUUUUGUUCCUUAUUUUGAGCUAUAAAAUAAAAAGCUUGUUGCAUGUUCUAUUAUGGGCAUAGUUUCAUGACGGUAAGAAAAAUGUAAUUUAAAAUAGUACUUGAAGCCCAUAGACCAGCCUUUCUCAAUCUGGUAUCCUUCAGUUCUGAUAGAUUAAAAUUUCCAUAAUUUGGCCACCGUGCCUGGCAAUUAAAGAAAUCCAGCUCCAAACAAAUCUGGAUCUUGUUCUAAGCCUUUAUUCAGAAUUGUUUGAGAGAAGCAGUUUGUGUACUAUUGCCAGUAUUCAAGUAGCCCCUAUUUUUCUGCCAGCAUCUGAAUCUCUAAAAUGUGAAAAGUUAGGCAUGAAAAGGUCAAUACAUUAUUAAUGAAGAAGAGCUUACUUUGUACAAAAUACAUUCAGGUUACCCUGAUGAUCUGUAACUCCUUAACAAUGUAAUCUCUUUCUCCCUUUUCUGUUUUUAUAAUUCAUGUUGCCAUAUUUGACCCUUUGUUUUUGAGUAUUCUAAUAGAGUUGCUCCAUAACUAUUCUUUGGACCUUUAUCAAAAUCAAGAAACCAAGCAAAAAGAGUUGAAUAUUGUGCUUCACUUUGCAUUUCAUAUAAAAUUUCUGCAAAUAUGCUUUGCAGCCCAUGUUGAAAAGAAAUAGAGUUUUAAAUUCCAGUUGCAUAAAGAAGUUAAGUCCGCGUACAUCAUUGUGUUUUAGAACUGUGACACAAAUGAUUAUUAUAAAAUGGCUAAAUGUGCUACAGUAUUUCCAAGUGCAAGCUUUUAGAAAGCAAACAGAACUUAUUUUUCUAUAAUCACAGAAUUUUAAUAACAUUGGGAUUUAGAAAAAGAAAUGUGAUCGGUAGGCAGAUAGAAGGCAUAUUUCCCAAAAGUAUUAUAUAAUUAUGCCCAUAUAGGUGUCAGAUUUCUAUUUUUUUUUUAAUUGUUGUACGCCGCCCAGAGUCACCUUGUGUGAGAUGGGCGGCUAUAUAAAUAUGAUUAAUAGUAAAUAAUAAAUGAUUAAUAAAUAAAUAUUUAUUUGCUUUCCCCCUCUGAUCUUUCAUAACGAGUAACUCAGUGGGCUUGAAAUGUUCCAAAGGCAUUUGGAAAAUAUAGGUGCUAUAUGACAGUUACUGCUCUUUUUGGAAACAGUAUUGCAGACUUCUUCCUCAUCAUUUUUCCUUUUCAAAAACUGCUUUCACGUGUGCACUUCCUUUGGCCUCUUUGCACUCUGCAUUAUAAAUAUCCUGUGUUCUGAAGAUGCACUGUUCCUGGUAGCAGAUCUGUUUACUUUCCAGUUCAUCAGGACAGAGAAGUACGGGCAAGGCCCAAAACUGUAACACUAGACUAGUGAUGCAAAUAAAAAUCUAUUGCUUGCCUUGCUGGAUCAAAGCCAAGAGCUUCUGGUCCAGCGUUUUGCAUCCAACGAUGUCCUACCAGUCAAAUGCCUCUGGAAGUGAAAUCUCAUCAGUCUGGCAUGAAGGUCACAGCUGACCCCUGUUUAUCUCCAAGUCCUCUGUACUUAGAAAUACACUGCUUUGGAAUACAGAGAUUUCAUUUAAUUACUGUUGCAAACAGGCACUUCUGAAAUCCACAAAUAAAGAAUGGUACUGCACCAAAGGCCUGGGGAAAAAUAAGUUGUACAGAAGGACGUUAUUUUUCCCCUUAUGCAAACUCAGGGAAAUAAAUCUUACAUUUAUUUUAAAUAUUAAUUCCUCCCGUGUCCUGAAACAAGAACCUGAACAAUUAUAAAAGCCCAAGCAAACAAUAUUAUUAUAUUUUUGAACUGCUGGGCUCCAAAAGCAACAGCUUUGGAUAUGAAUUUAUGGCUUAAGGUUGCUUUAAAUAUUUACCAUGUUUUAAGUAUUGAUUACUAGAAAGUUUCCAAAAGGUUAUCCCCAGGGCAUGGGAAUAGCAGAUUUCACCAAGGAAUGGUGCAUUCAGAAUAAAUGUAUGCCAUGUAAAUGUAGUCACUGUUUGAUCAUGUGGCAUGCAAGUCUAUACUCUUAACUAAUUAACUCUUGCUUAAGGUAAGAGCCAAUUUUGUGUGGUGGUCAAAGGCAUUCAGGCUAGAAACCAAGAGAUUGUGAGUCGUAGUCCUGCCUUGGGCACAAAAACCAGCUGGGUGACUUUGGGC